GUCAGGAUGUAUUGCAAAAAUACGUGAAACUUGUUUUGCAAAAGCAUUCUAACUAUCUUAAGGAUUGGACUAUCGAAGAAAAGGAAGAAACGAAGGAAAACUUCCAGAAUAGUGAUGAACCAGGGAAUGUUUUUGAAUGCAACCCAUCUAUUGCGGAAAAAAUUCAGCAAAAAAAUAAAAAUAUAUCUUUGGCGUCUAACAUUCGCAAGAUAAAAGACCCAGGUUUUUUUAAAGCCUUCAUAAAAUUCACAUCUUGGGUCCAGUAUAAUGAUCCUCUUACAGCGACAGAAACAUAUAAGGAGAGAUAUGUAAGACCAUUACCCAAUGAAGGCGAUAUCUAUGUAGGAUCACCUUGGGAGACGAGAAAAACAUAUGUUUUAGAGCAUCUUACUAUAUCUAAUGAUGUGAAUUUACUAGUAUUAUCCACGUGUCACUCUUACUCGAAUGCUGUUACUACAAGACUCAAUCUCAAAUCAUAUUGUGAUAUUGAUGGUAAUAUAAAUCUACCUGAUCACAAGAGGGUAGUUUGCCAGAUAGAAAGCUUACAUCGGAUUACUAAUAAUUGUAAAUGCAGUAAAAAAUGUAAAUGUCCUCCAAUCCAAUAUGAUUUAUGGCUUGAUGAAAUAGUAUCUAUAAUUGCUCAAGCACAAAAUCGUCUGGCGGGUCAAUCGAUAGAAAAGUUAUAUAAAUUAAUCCAAGAGGCGAGGCAUAUUAUUGUUAUGGAUAAUGACCUAACUGACCUCAAUAUUGAAUGGAUUAAAACCCUGCGCAAGGGUAUACCUUUCUCUAUUAUUCAUAAUACUUACCAGCCCCAGAAGGGCAAGAGGUUCCGCUUGGUCUCUAAUAAAGAAACUGUAUUAGCUGAACUUUGCGAUUGGGCUAAGAAAAUGAAUUCAUUACCUAUUGAGAAUCGGAAAAGUGCUUCACUUAUCUGCCAUCUCAGAAAGGACGUUCAAGGGAUUGUUUGUGCUCUUAAGACUGAUUUUCCAAAACUACGAAUCAAGGAAUAUUAUGGUAAAUCAGAUCCUGAGGAAAAGGCUCACGAUUUUAGCAAUUGGUUAUUAAAUGCUAAACGUGAAUGUCUUUCCCGAGAACUUCAGAAUAGAGAAAUAUUUCCAGAUAUUGAUUCUGUUAUCCAGAAUAAGGAUGUGCUAACCAUUCGAUUAUGGGUAGCAUUUAUGUUAGAGAAAUUUCGUUAUCAACGAUUAUUUAGUUGGAGAAUGAUCAAUUUUUUCAGAGAGGCGGGUAUAAUAAUUUCUAUCAUAGAACCCAUUCCUAAGUCUGAAGAAAACGUUGUAUCAUUAUCUCAAGUCAUGAAGGCAAAUUCCUCUAUCGUUAAAGUAGAGGAGAUAUCAGAUGUAUCCAAUGCUACUAUUGUCGAUC